GGAGGGGGCGGCGGAGGAGCGGCUUUGUUGGCUCGGAGGGGAGCGGCGCGGCGGGAAGAGCGGCGCUUCGGCGAGAGCCCACCAUGGUGCAGCAAGCGGAAAGUACGGAGGCGGAGAGCAACCUGCCCCGGGAAGCGAUGGACACAGAAGAGGGCGAGUUCAUGGCUUGCAGCCCGGUCGCUUUGGACGAGAGCGAUCCGGACUGGUGCAAAACGGCGUCGGGGCACAUAAAGAGACCGAUGAACGCGUUCAUGGUGUGGUCUAAGAUCGAGAGGAGAAAAAUCAUGGAGCAGUCCCCGGACAUGCACAACGCGGAGAUCUCCAAGCGCCUGGGCAAGCGGUGGAAAAUGCUGAAGGACAGCGAGAAGAUCCCUUUCAUCCGGGAGGCGGAGAGGCUGCGGCUCAAGCACAUGGCCGAUUACCCCGACUACAAGUACCGGCCCAGGAAAAAGCCCAAAAUGGACCCGUCGGCCAAGCCCAAUGCCAGCCAAAGUCCGGAGAAAAACGCACCCACCAGCAGCGGCGGCAGCAAAAGCGCCAAGAGCUCCAGCAAGAAGUGUAGCAAGCUGAAAGCCUCCUCCGCCUCCUCGCCCCCCAAGCCGGGAGCCAAAGCCGCCCACCACGGGGACUACGCGGGAGACGAGUACGUCUUCGGCACCCUGAAAGUGAGCAGCAAGACGGUCAAGUGCGUCUUCAUGGACGAGGAGGAGGAUGAGGAGGAGGACGAGGACGAGCUGCAGCUGCGGAUCAAGCAGGAGGCGGAGGAGGAGGAGGAGGACGAGGAGCCGGGGCCGCAGCAGCUGCGGCGGUACAACGUGGCCAAAGUGCCGGCGAGUCCCACCUUGAGCUCCUCGGCGGAGUCCACCGAGGGGGCGAGCCUCUACGAGGAGGUGCGGGGCGGCGCCGCGGCGGCGGGCGGCGGCAGCAGACUCUACUACAGCUUCAAGAACAUCACCAAGCAGGGCCCGCCGCCGCCGCAGCAGCCGCCCGGCCUCUCCCCGGCCUCCUCCCGGUCCAUCUCCACCUCGUCGGCCGGCAGCGAGGAGGCGGACGACCUGCUCUUCGACCUCAGCCUCAACUUCUCCCAGCACGGCCACGCCGCCGCCGAGCUGGGGGCGGGCGCCGCCGCCGGCAACCUCUCCCUCUCGCUGGUGGACAAGGACCUGGACUCCUUCAGCGAGGGCAGCCUCGGCUCCCACUUCGAGUUCCCCGACUACUGCACCCCGGAGCUGAGCGAGAUGAUCGCGGGCGACUGGCUGGAGGCGAACUUCUCCGACCUGGUGUUCACGUACUGAGCGGGGGCGGCGGCGGCGAGGCGGCGGCGGAGCUGGAGCCACGCGACGCCGGUG